CUUUCUGUUGACUAGAGGCCUCCCGCCGGUCAUGUGAUGCAGAGGGCGCACGCUGAUUGGCUUCAUAUUCGCACGUGUUGCCCUUGGAUGUCAGAGUCUCCGGGAUGUUGAGGACGUGCAGCCGCCUCCUGAGGAGCGAGACUCCGCGUGUCACCCAGAUCCGGGGCACGGUGAUCGUGGAGCGAUGGUGGAAGGUCCCUCUGGCCCCGGAGGGGGAGGAGCCAUACCUGCACCCCCGCCGACACCGCAUCUACCGGGUGCUGGAGGACACCAAGCAUGGCGCCAAGGGCAAGAUGGAGCUGAUCCUCACACAGAACGUGCACCGACUCGGCAGCCGCGGGGAUACGGUGACGGUGGAGAAACGUCUGGGGCGGAAUAAACUGCUGGCGGAAGGAUUGGCGGUGUAUGCCUCCCCCGAGAACAAGGCCAUGUACGAGGAGGAGAGGAGGAUGCAGCAGGCGGGUGAGCUCGGGGGCAGGAAACAGACUUGGACGGGCGAGAUGACGGUGAAUUAUCUGAAGACGUCGCGGCUGACGGUGGAAAUGAAGACAAGUCUUAGAUGGCGGCUGAACGAGGAGAUUGUGGCCCGAAAUUUACUGAAGAACUUAGGGGUUGUUGCCCCGGUAGACGCUGUGAAGAUCCCAGAUGAACCAAUCACCAGGUUCGGGGAAUACUGGUGUGAAGUGACGGUGAAUGGCAUCGAUACGGUGCGGAUGCCAAUGGAUGUUGUUAAUUUUAUGAAGCCAAAAACGAAACGCUACAAGUUCUGGUUAUCAAAGCAAACGAAAACAAUGCAAUCCACAGAGGCCGGCGUCACCUCAGAAUCACCAGCAGAGGGCGGCGUUACCUCAGAAUCACCAGCAGAGGGCGGCGGUGCCCCAAAAUCCACAACAGACUGAAGCGGCUGCAGGGGGCGCUGUGCGGCCAUUACUUGCUCUGUUUUUGGACCACACGCUGGGGACACAUCGCCCGUUCACAUUCUUCUUUGUAAUAAAAUAUCCUCCAUAUUGGA